AUGGAAGAAAGUAUAACAGAAAUUCAAGAGCAGAAUCGUGCUUUAAAAGAACAAAUCAAAAACUUAAAGAUAAAGAAUAUUGAAUUGAUUCAAAAUAAUCAUGAAAAUCUGCAACGCAAUUUGCAGUUACUUUCAGAUAAAGAAGAAAUAUUAAAAGAAAAUAAUGAAAUCAAACAGAGGAUAGAUGAACUUGAAAUACGAAUAGAAGAAUUAAAUA